GGCAAAAACGGAGUCGAAAAAAGUCUCCCGAGGGGGAUCAGUGAGUGUAGGCUCCGCACAUGAACUGUUCGAGUUAUUGUCAGACCGAAACUCGUCAAAUUCACCGUCAAAAGUAGUCCUGCGGUUGAUUUGGACCGGUUGGUUUUCAACACAUGAAACUCACUCAUCGUCCCUUCGUGAUCGUUUCAUUUGUUGGGUUUCUUUUUGGUGGGGUCUUCAAAAGCUGAACAAUGGUUGCAUAGUUGUCAUUUCAUUAGACGACGUGUGUAUGAUGUCUUUUUGUGGUGGCGCCGUACAUUUUUGGCAUGUAGUUACAAAUCCCGUUGUUGUCUGUUCUUGAAAUGCAGAAUAAAAAUAAACUUGCGUUUUCAAGUAUGGUUCUUGGCUCUUACACUCUGAAUUUUUGUAAGGAUUUGAUUUGGUAGAGGAAAAGAGCUACCGAAUAUGGCACAGGAGAGCAAGAAGCCGCUCUUGGAGAAACAUUAUUAUGAGAACUGCCCUGGCUGUAAGACUGAUCUACUCAAGCAAUCAAGAACAGGCAUACCUAUUCGACAGCUUGUUUCAAUAUGGAUUGUUGUGCUUUGCACUGCUCUUCCAAUAUCGUCUCUCUUCCCAUUUCUUUAUUUCAUGAUAAGGGAUUUCCAAAUUGCAAAAAGAGAGGAAGAUAUAGGUUAUUAUGCUGGAUUUGUGGGAUCAUCAUUUAUGUUUGGCAGAGCAUUGACAUCUGUCUUAUGGGGUGUCAUGGCGGAUCGAUAUGGUCGUAAACCUGUUAUAAUUAUAGGAACUCUCUCAGUGGUUAUUUUGAACACACUCUUUGGUCUUAGCCUUAACUUUUGGAUGGCUAUUGGUACAAGGUUUCUUCUCGGGAGUUUUAAUGGUUUAUUGGGUCCAAUAAAGGCUUAUGCAGUUGAAAUUUUCCGUGAAGAACAUCACGCUUUAGGACUCUCAACGGUCAGUACAUCAUGGGGUAUAGGACUGAUCAUUGGUCCUGCGCUAGGAGGUUUCUUGGCCCAGCCAGCAGAGAAAUAUCCAAGUAUAUUCUCUAAAGAAUCUUUGUUUGGGAGAUUUCCAUACUUCUUACCAUGUUUGUGCAUCUCGCUUUUUGCGUUGGUAGUAACCAUUGCUUCAUGUUGGUUGCCGGAAACAUUGCACAUGCACAAUGAAAGCAAUAUGUCUCACGAUGAUUUAUGUGCUGAUCUGGAAACUUCAUCAAAUUGGAGUUAUGCAAAUGAGAAAAGGGAUGAAAUUGAAAACAAUGAAUCAACGUCCAAAGGGAGUCUCAUAAGAAAUUGGCCUCUGAUGUCAUCUAUCAUUGUUUAUUGUGUGUUCUCACUUCAUGAUAUGGCUUAUGCAGAGUUAUUUUCACUGUGGGCUGAGAGUCCUAAAAAGUUUGGGGGUUUGAGCUAUUCAACUGAAGAUGUCGGAGAAGUCCUUGCAAUAUCAGGUUUCAGCCUUCUUGUCUUUCAACUUUUGCUCUAUCCAUACGUGGAGAGGAUUCUGGGCCCAGUAAUGGUAUCUCGCAUUGCAGGGAUUUUAACCAUCCCAUUGCUGACUAGUUACCCUCUUUUAGCCACGUUGUCGGGGUUCAGCCUUGCCGUGAUGUUAAAUUGUGCAUCUGCAAUUAAGAAUGUUUUGUCGGUGUCUAUAAUAACUGGCAUGUUCAUCCUGCAAAACAAUGCAGUGGAGCAACACCAAAGAGGAGCUGCCAAUGGGAUUGCUAUGACUGGAAUGUCUUUGUUCAAAGCAGUUGGUCCAGCUGGAGGAGGUGCCAUAUUUUCUUGGGCACAAAAGCGUCAACAUGGUGCGUUUCUUCCAGGUGACCAGAUGGUUUUCUUCAUCCUGAACGUGGUCGUAGCCCUUGGAGUGAUAAUGACUUUCAAACCAUUUUUAAAGCAAGGGCACCAGUAGAGAACAUGGAUUGAAUUGAUUUCAUGCAAAAGCUGGGACAUGUAACCUCAAUCAUUCUUUCCUAAGCAGGGGCCUAUAUAUAUAUAUGACAUUAUGCAUAAGAGGAGUUGCAAUGUAUUGGGAUGCUGUUGCUUUGCACUGUCCAAUAUACAAUUCGAUGUGUUCAGGGUCAUUGUUAGCGAGCAUUAUGAUUUCUUAGGUUGAAUCUUACAGGUAGCUUUUGUUGUUUCAUUGAACUUCUACCCUAACCAGAAGAAUAAGAAUACUGUCU